CUACAAGGUCUUGCAGAAGAACUGGUCCCGUUCUUAAAAGUCCAUAUACCAUUUUUUCAACGGCAUGGAUUUGAAGAUCUAUACAAAGACCGUGUCUUUUCUUAUUCCAAGAAAAGGAAGAAAUACAUGUCACUAUAAGAAAGAAACCUUUCUCUCUUUCUAUCAUUCUCGAAAUCAUCGGAUCUAAAGAAUACAUCUCCCACAGAAAUAAGGUGCGCAAUCUAAAAGGCGAGUUAGAACGUUUAAGCAAAGAGAAUGAACGGCUGAACCAUAUGCUUUCCGCCAUGUACAGUGACUACGAAAUUCUUGAGGCCCACUUGAAGAGGAAGAGAACCCACAAGGAGGGAAGUACUUCCAUGGUGCCGAGCCACGACUCGAGACAAAGACAGAUGACCGGACCCAUUGCACCACCAACGGUAACUGAUGAUGGCGACGCUGACUUGGUGCACAAUCUAAAAGUUGAGUCAGAACGUUUAAGCAAAGAGAAUGAACGGCUAAACUGUAUGCUUUCCACCAUGUACAGUAACUGCGAAAUUCUUGAGGCUUAUUUGAAGAGGAAGAGAGCCCAUGAAGUGGGAAGUAUUGCCAUGGUCCCAAGCCAUGAGUCAAGCCAAAGACAGAUGACUGGACCCAUUGCACCACCUUUGCGACCAAAGGUGGGACAUGUCUUUGUUAGAACUGAUGCACGUGAUGCUGGUUUGACAGUGAAGGAUGGGUACCAAUGGAAGAAAUACGGACAGAAGAUCACGAAAUACAAUCCAUCACCCCGAGCUUAUUUUAGAUGUGCUACAGAUCCUUCAUGCCCCGUCAAGAGGAAGGUGCAAAGAUGCGCGGAAGAUAAGUCAGUCAUCAUGGUCACAUAUGAAGGAGAGCACAACCAUAGUCUACUUGGUGGGACCCAUGACUACAAGGCCAGUUCACCCUGUUCAGCUUCAGUUAAUCCUCUUUGUCCAUCCGUCACUGUUGAUCUAAGUGACACCAAUCCAAAAAUCACAACCAUCCAUCAAAACUUUAAUGAUAGUAGUAUGGAAGAAUAUGUGGCUUCCUUGACUAGGGACCCCAACUUCAUUGCAGCAUUAGCAAUUGUAGUUGCACGCUCUAUCAUCAGCCAUCCUAAUCCGGCCUAGAGAGGUAUUUGUGUGUAUGAUUGAGAUGGUGUUAACCGUGGUCAUGAUUUUAUGGGCCCACCGUGAUGAGUGAGUAACAUCGAACCAGUCCUUCAAAUGUGGCCCUCAAUAUUAGGCUUAGAUCCCAAGAAAAAUGAUGCACCUUCCACUAGCAUAAUUUAAGAAAUGAAUGUAGCUAAUGAACCAAGCUCAAGCAUUAGUAUUCCACCCAUAAUUUCCCCGGCAAUUGCAUUUAAAGGUGUUUAUGAUGAUGGUUUUGGGAUUCUUACCUAUGUGA